AUGAGCGGUUUGGGUAUCGUCCUCGAGGAGGCCGAGUCGCCUCGCCCCGCGCAGCUAUCGCCCCAGAUGACGCCUGUGUCCCACUGUGAAGAGGACUCUUCGUCCCACCAUUUGGCCGAGCCCCUACUCCCGCCGUUGCCCAAGGGCGAGCCCUUCUUGCGCUCCAUCCUGACGUCGUUUGCCUCCCUCCACGAGGCCGAGGGCAGCAGCAACAACAACAGCAGCUACAAUUCGAACAGUGCCACCAACAAUAUCAGUCAUGUAAAGGAUGAUGGUGGCCAUUCUCGCUCGGGGCUGGACGAGCUCACGGCGUUUCUGGGCCACCUGGGCUUCCCACUGUAUGCGAGCUACGAGUUGGACUCGCCCCUGUUGAACAUCGACGCCAUGCCGUUGGCGUUUCCCGAGCCCCAGCUGCUGCUGCCUCUGAACAACAGCAGCAACAACACCAAUAUCAAUAGCAUUACCAGCAGUAACGGCACCGCUGCGCUGCCCCUGACAAACUCGCUGCCGUUGCGCAGACUCAAGCUGAUCAAGAAGGGCAUCCGCAAGUUGUCGCUCCUGAAAAUGGCGUCUUCGUCGGCAUUCAGCUCCACAAACAACACCCCAACGAGCGAGGUGGUGCCUCUGCUGAGUACAAGGCCGUCGGUGUCGCCCAUCCAGCCUCAGUCAAGCAACGAGCUAUCGCUGCUGCUGGCGCUGAGCCUGUUGAAGAGCUCUACCUUCAGCCAGGCGGCGGCGGCGCAGCCCGCUGCCCACUCCCACACGCUUUCUCUGGGCCUGAACCUGGCGCUGGUGCUGGGCAGAAGACGCACGCUUCUGAACCCGAUGCUGGCGCUGGCGGCGUCCACGCCGCCGAUUCCCUCGCCGGUGAUCAUGCUACUGGAAAACCUCACGUUGCUGAAGAAGAACUUGAACGACACAGAGCAGUGUUUCUUUGAGACCUUGCAGAUGCUGUCGAAUACGUCUGAGGUGAAUCUGACGCAUCUGGGUGCUCGUGACGACUCCCACAGAGAGAAGAUCGACUCCAUCGACAAGCUCGCCACGUCCGACGAGUUGAUUGAGUACCUGCUUUUUUUGCACGAGCACAAGAAGUCCAUCGAGGACGCCUACGACGUGACGAAAGACCGUCUUUCGCACUCGGGGUGGUGCUCCACCAGCGACUUGGAGAACUUGGCUCUCCAGCGGGACUGCUCCUUAAGCCAGAUCGACACCAAACUCUUGAAGAUCGAGGAGAGACUUAACUCGAGAUUCAACCUUCUGAUGCUCAAUAACGCCAACGUGAGUGUGGCCAAGCACCAGCCCCAGAAAGGGCCCAGCAAGGAGGCAACCAUGAGCCCCAGCUUGAAGGUGCUUGAAAGCAGGUGUUUGAGUUUUGCCAUGGAGACCUAA